AUGAAGAAUGUAAAGAUAUUACAUUUGCCACUGCUUUUUGUGUUUGUGCAUGCCUGUUUUGCACAAGCAGACUAUGCCCCUUAUUUCUAUGACAAUGGACCCUACAGCCACAACGGGAACCUGGCACUGUUCAGUCUCUCAGAGGACACGGCUGUUGGUACACAGAUCUAUUGUCUCAAUGGCACAGACCCUGAAGGCCAGGAGGUGAGAUAUGGCCUUUCCUUUGAUCCAGGGUCAAAAGAAUACUUCAGGAUUGACCCCAUAUCUGGAAACAUCACAUUGGUGGAACAGCUCGACAGAGAGAAAAAGGAUUCUAUUGACGUUCUUGUCAGUAUCACAGAUGGGCAAAGCAAGGUCGUGGAAAGAGUUACAAUAUUUGUAAUGGAUGCAAACGAUGAAAAGCCUGAAUUCCAAAACAUGCCAGCAAUCAUUGAUGUACUGGAAACCACUCAGUCUGGCAGCAGCAUCUACAAAGUCGAGGCAGUGGACAGAGACACAGGAUCAGGUGGCUCAGUCACCUACUACCUCCAGAAUCCUCAGUCCACUUUGUUUGCCAUCGACAGACACAGUGGUGUCCUUCGUAUCAAAUCAGGAGAAAUGUUGGACUAUGAGAAAACAAAGACACACUUUGUUACUGUCUUUGCAAAGGAUGGUGGUGGUAAUUUUAAUGGCAAGGAGCAGUUUAUGUCAUCCUCUGCGACACUGACGAUCAAUGUGAUCGAUGCACAGGACACUCCGCCAUCUUUUAUUGGGACACCGUAUUUUGGCUACGUUUAUGAAGUCUCAGUUCCAGGAUCUGAAAUAUUCACAGUUGUAGCCAAAGAUGGCGAUGUGGGAAACCCAAAUCCAAUCCGUUAUUCCUUUGACGAAGGGGACGAUGGUGUUUUUAGCAUCAAUAAAACAAGCGGUUGUAUCACCCUGCUGACUCAACCCAUUUAUCUGAAGAGAGAAAUCUUUAACAUUAAAGUCAAGGCAUCAGAAGUAAGUCCUGAAGGCAGAAUCCUGGACUAUGGGGUGACCACGGUGGUGAUCCGUGUAGUGGACCUUAACAAUAAUCCACCAACUUUCUAUGGAGAAAACGGCCCGCAGAACAUGUUUGAGUUGACCAUGUAUGAGCAUCCACCAGAGGGAGAGAUACUCCGGGGGCUGAAAAUCACAGUCAAGGACUCCGACCAGGGUGCUAACGCUAAAUUCAACCUGAGACUGAUUGGACCUGGAAGGAUGCUGCGAGUCGUCCCUCAGACUGUACUCAAUGAGGCCCAAGUCACCAUCUUAGUAGAAGACUCCGCUGCUAUGGACUAUGAGAAACAUCAUUUUCUCACAUACAAGCUACUCGCAGUUGAGAUUGAUACGCCUGAGAGAUUCAGUGCCACAGCUGACAUAGUCGUUCAUCUCCUGGACACCAACGACAACGCUCCCAAAUUCUCCUCAGACUUCUACAUUGCCAGAAUUCCAGAAAACUCACCCGGUGGCUCCAAUGUGGUGUCAGUCACGGCAACCGACCCAGACUCAGGCCCUUGGGGUGAAGUGAAGUACUCUAUCUACGGAUCUGGGGCUGAAUUGUUCUUGAUCCAGUCUGCAUCUGGGAUCAUCUACACCCAGCCGUGGGCGAGCCUGGAUGCGGAGGUGAGGUCCAAGUAUAACUUCUACGUGAAGGCAGAGGAUGCAGAAGGGAAGUACAGCCUGGCUGAGGUCUUUGUGACUGUGUUGGACCUGAAUGACCACCCACCUGCAUUCAAUGAAAACUUCCUCGAGACAACUAUGGUGAUUGGAGCACCAGUGAAAGUAGAGGCAGUAGAUAAAGAUGCAGAAGUACCCAAUAAUGUUAUCGAGUAUGCCAUCAUGAAAGCUGAGCCAGACAACAACAUCUUCGACAUUAACACUGACACAGGGGAGAUCAUGCUCAAGUCUUACAUCAAGUCAAUGGCCAUCAUUCAGAACAUCACCAAGCAGAGAGACUGCUCCUGGUCACUCGUGGUCCAGGCCCGGGACCGAGGCCAGCCUUCCUUCAGCACCACCGCAGUCAUCAAGAUCGACAUCACUGAAGCUACCCAACUCAGUGGGGGGCCUUUGGGAUCAUUUUUGAUGCAGAGUAGAAACAAGCCUUUGCAAAUCAUAGGCAUGCUUGCUGGUGUCAUUAUUCUCAUGGUCAUAGUCACAGUCAUCAUCUCCACUGCAACAUUCAUGCGCAACAAAAAGUCCAACCGGAUUCUGCCUAACCGCCGCAUAAGAAGGAGGCCACGAAAUCAGCGCACCUGGAACUUCAAAAACCCCUUCAACAAACCAGAAACUCCCGGAGAGAAAUUCAAAGUACAAGAGGAAGAGCAGGAGCCAGAGGUCAUUGUGGAGAACGUCAACUACAACAACAAUGUCAGCAAUGUUGUAAGACUCUGGACACCUCCACCACCUUGCGCCCCAUCUCUGCCCCCUCCACCACCACCCUACAUGCCAGGGGAGAGGCAGUGGUCAGUACCCACUGUCUCAGCGACAGUAGCCCCCAAACCUAAAAAGAAGUCAGUGAUGACCAGACAGGACACUGUGAAAAAUGCUUUGGUUUCGGAGCUCAAGAUGAAACUGGAGCAGAAGAGGUUGCUGAAACAUCAAUAGUGCUUGACAAAACAAUCUCACCUCAAGGUCCAUUAAGUAGCAGUCCUGGAGCUUUCAUGAUCUUAAUCAGCAGAUCCAGUCGGCCCAGUUGUCAUGGAAAUGUAGACGUUCAGAUUUCCACUUUCUCACAGAACUUUAAGGUCUUCUCAUCCAUGUGGCCAAAUAGACUUUUAAAUCUACAUAUCUGAUGUGAUCAAAAGCUCCAGAAUAGCCGCUAAAUGGACUGUUGGGUCGACUGGUGUUUCCAACGCAAAGAACGAUAAAACUCAAUCUUUCAUAUUGCUGUGUGUGUGUGUGUGUGUGUGUGU